AUGUUCGCCCGCACUACCCGCAAUACCCUUGCGACAGCCUCGAAACAGCCGUACAUAUGUCACUCAUGUCUGCGCCGAGUCAGGCAGUCUCAAUUGGGUGCUCUACACCUGCCAACGCGUCACACGACACGAUCUCUCCAGACUGAGACGCAGCCACCACCGCCUCAAGAUGGCACCGCCUUUCGCAAGCUGCUGAAAGACGCCGCAAAGCAACAAAAGAAAGACAAAAGCGCCUCUGCUGGCUCAUCGAAGUCUUCGAAAAAGGGCAAAGAUGCACGGCUAGAGAAGUGGGAGCUGACGGUCGGAAUUGAAGUCCAUGCCGAACUCAACACCGCGAGGAAGCUUUUCUCCAGUGCUGCGACCUCGAUUAGCGAAUUACCAAACACUCAUGUCUCUCUAUUUGAUGUCGCAUUUCCUGGUACACAGCCUCACUUCCAGAAGGAAACCCUCCUCCCCGCCCUGCGCGCCGCUAUAGCCUUCGAUUGCGAGAUUCAGCACAAGAGCAGUUUCGACCGCAAGCACUACUUCUACCAAGAUCAGCCCGCUGGAUACCAGAUCACACAGUACUACGAGCCUUUCGCGAAGAAUGGAAAAAUCACCCUCUACCCCCAUGACUUUCCGCCUGGUGCUGCCCCGCAGCCAGAGCCCUUCGACAUCGGCAUCAAGCAGAUCCAGAUGGAGCAAGAUACCGCAAAGACUGUGCAGCAGCCUCCUUCGACCCACCUACUCGACUUCAACCGUGUCUCGCAUCCUCUGAUCGAAAUCAUUACCCUCCCUCAGAUCCACGAUCCCACAGUUGCAGCCGUCGUCGUUCGCAAGAUACAAAACACGCUCAAGGCUGUCAAUGCCUGUACAACAGGCAUGGAGUUGGGUGGGCUGCGUGCCGACGUCAACGUAUCCAUCCGUCAACGUGGAGGGGAGUCUUCCGAAGCUAGCCACUCAUACUCUGGUGUCACUGGGUUGGGCCAGCGGACGGAGAUCAAGAACUUGUCAAGCACGAAGGCUGUCGAAGAUGCCAUCAUUGCUGAACGUGAUCGACAGAUUGACCUGCUUGAGAGUGGCGGUGUUGUUGAGGGCGAAACACGUGGAUGGACUCUUGGAAGCAAAACUACCAAACGUCUUCGAGGCAAAGAAGGCGAGAUUGACUACCGCUACAUGCCGGAUCCUGAUAUUGCUCCUGUCUUUAUCGGACAAGACCUUGUUGAACACCUCCGAAACACCCUACCAAAGCUCCCCGAUGUGACUGUUGAUCUGCUCGCAAACACCUACGGGCUCACCACGAAAGACGCCAUCACAUUCCUCUCUCUCGACGACGGUGAACGCUUGGAAUAUUUCGCGGACGUUGUUCGCUGCCAAGUAGAAAGUGAGCAGAUCGAGAAGGAUGUUUCGUUGGCAUCAUUGGGAAAAAUCACCGGGAACUGGGUGCUGAUGGAGCUUGGCUCUCUCUUUCAAGAUGAACCUUGGGAUCCCGAUCGAGUUCCAGCCGACUAUCUUGCUAGUGUCAUUUCACACGUACGUCGUAGAGAAGUCACAUCGCCGUCCGCAAAACGUCUGCUUGCCAUCAAGUUUGAGGGCGACCCACGCAGUGCGACAGAAGUCGUACAUCAAGAGAACCUUCUACUGCAACCACUAAGCCAAGAAGAGUACUCGAAGUUAGCGCAGACGCUGCUAGAAGGAAAACCAGACAUGGUGAGAGACAUCACCGAGAAGGGUCAGGUGAAGAAGGUAGGAUGGUUCGUAGGACAGAUGGUGAUUAGAGCUCCGGACGGCAGUGUUGAACCAGACAAGGCAAAAGAGGUACUAUUAAACUUGCUAGGUCUGGGAGAAAAGCCAGAGUAG